AGUCUUCUCCUUUUUCUUUUCAAUCCCUUUAAAUCACUUGUUUUCUUAUGGGUUAUAAUUCUUGUUAUUCAAACCUUUGAAGGAACUACUCAGUGCCACCAAAAGCUUCAGUAAAGUCAGGUUUUCUAUUGAAAAAUGAACGGAGGGGAUCCAGCAAUCAAGCUCUUUGGCCGGAAGAUUCCUCUGCCAGACACCCAAAUUCCGGUUGGGGAGAGUAGAAGUGAAACAACAAACUCAGCAACUGAGGUCUCACAUGUAAAUUCCUCUGUGGAGCAAGAUAACUGCAUUACCAUAGAUGAUGAAAGGGAAAAGGACCAGAGCACUGACCAUGUGAAUGAGGUGCAAGUAAGUUCCAAACCAAAGGAAGACCAGACAGAGAAUAAUAGUGCAGACACGGAGAAGGCAUUCAAGAAGCCAGACAAGGUUCUUCCAUGUCCACGAUGCAACAGCUUUGACACCAAGUUCUGUUACUUCAAUAACUACAAUGUCAACCAGCCUCGACAUUUCUGCAAGAAUUGCCAGAGGUAUUGGACAGCUGGUGGAACAGUGAGAAAUGUUCCUUUUGGUGCUGGACGUAGGAAGAAUAAGCUCUUAGUUUCUCAGUAUCGACAGAUGGUUGUUUCUUCUGAUGGAGUGCCAAUUACUCAGGUAGAAACCAUAGAUCCAGCUAAUCAGCAACAUCAAUCUUCUGGUGAAUCUGCAACUGCAACCCCCUUCAGGCCAUCUGCGGCAAAUGGGAUGGUUCUAAAGUUCAGCUCAGAAGUACCUCUCUGUGAAUCCAUGGAAACUGUGCUUAGCCUUGGAGACCAGAACAGAUGCAAUGAAAAGGGAAUAGUCAAUUCUGGAAAGGAACCCUCUUCACAUGGAUCUUCCAUGACAGUUUCCAGAGUACAAGGGAAUGAAUUACCUCAAAAUGCUGUGCAAAAGGAGCAAGCUGGUUUGCCAGGAUCUAAUGGGACCAAUUCACCAAAUCCACUGCAUUGCUAUCCUGUUUCUCCAUUGGUUUUUCCUUGGAAUUCAAAUAUGAACAAUAUAGCUUCCAUUGCUGCAGGCCAAGGUUCUCAGCAAACUUCUGCACCAAAUAGUAGUAAUGCCAAUCCAGUUCAGUGGUGCCCUACACCAAUGGUGGCUGUUCAUGGAUUUUGCCCACCGAAUAUUCCUUUACAGAUCGUGCCUGCUGCUUGUUGGGGUUGCAUGCCUUUGUGGUCUACCACAGCAGGAAAUAUACCUUUGACUGGUUCUAAUUGUUGCUCAUCCCCAUCGCCCUCCAAUAGCAACAGUUGCACCUCAAGCAAUGGUUCACCAACACUUGGCAAACAUUCCAGAGAAGUGAAUUAUGUGGAAGAGGAGCAGUCAGAGACGGGUGUGUUGGUUCCCAAGACACUUCGAAUUGAUGACCCAAAUGAUGCUUCAAGGAGUCCGAUAUGGACAACAUUAAGUGUCAAACCUGACCAGAAGGUUGCUGGAUCAGGAGGUAACAUUUUCAAAGCUUUUGAACAUAAAGAAAAAGGGAAAGACUGUUCAUUGGAUGGAAGCCAUAUUUUGGAAGCAAACCCUGCAGCACUUUCACGUUCUUUUACAUUCCAAGAGAGCACAUGAAUGUCUUUAGAAUUAUUUGGUGUGGAAAUCUUCUUGUUAUAGUCUCUAUGCAUAUUGAAAGCACUUAUUUUCCUGCGUAGAGAAUAUUACUACAGUUCUUGAUUGCUGUACAUCAGUGGAAUCUGUGGUUCUGCUUUGCUCCGAACACAGAAACAAUGAGUUCAUUUGAAGCAAAAGCUGCUGAGACAAUGGCCAGGGAUCCUCAACAUUGCUACUCACCUUUGAGCUCUGUAAAUAGAAGACAGCAAAUGAGCGACUGUUCAUCAUGAUAGGCGACCUACUUUCAUGUUUCAACUGAUAAACUUGCAUGUCUCUUUUUCAGUAAUUUUCCAAGUAACAAAGAGAUCAGGAGAUGAUCCUCUACUUCCUAUAAAUUUUAAAAUGGGGU